AUGUACGAGUACGAGAAGAGGCCAAGUUGUUCGCGCAUGAAGCCCGACUGUGGAUCAAAAUUCCUCUUCUGUCAUCCAGUUAACGGCAGGUUGCAAUGUAUAGCCAAGCUUCGAGCAGGAGCCAUGUGUGCUGGAUUUGAAGAGACACCUAUCUGCUACGAGGGUCAAUGCAUUGCUGGCCGAUGCGUCCGGACUGUGAAAAAUCAUGAAGAGAACUAUCAGACAGAUUCAUACAUGUAA